AUCAUUCCGCAAAUAUAAACCACGUAUAUUAAGCGUACCUACCACCUACUUAGUUUAAAACCUUUGCAAACUUUAUACACACAUAAUAUAUGACAAUAGUUGGUUAAACUUUUAACAGCAAUAAAAUCAUAAAAACUAUGUCUAAAAAUUCUUCGGCGGUGUCACCGGUGGACUACUUAAAGGAACAACAGGAAUCGACCAAGCCGUUGGACGUCAAUCGAUAUGCGACCAAAAAGACAAUAGCUCAGGGAUUGCUGGACAUUGCACUAUUGACCGCCAACGCUAAUCAAUUGAAAUAUAUACUGCAAGUUGGAGAAAAACACGAAUUUUACAAACCGCUUCUGGUCUUAAUCGCGACUUCCAUACUGUUGCAAGUUUUCAUGGGAGUAAUAUUUUUGUCGUUGAACUUAAUGCGAGACUGCCGGUUUCAUUUGAUCGAAUACAAGACAUCGUCGAUUUUCAUUAACCAAGUGCCGGUCGUUUGUACCUUUAUGGUGUUCGUCAUAAACAUUGUCAUAGGAGCUUUCGAUUCCGGAUUAGCUAGCAUAGCCCCACCGAGCACGUUUAACGCUCCGCCUAUUUCACUGGGUUCAAAAUAAUCCGAAAAAUAAUAAUUCGUUUGUUAUUUGUGCUUGUCGGUGGGAUAUUCUUAAUUGUCGGAGGGCUGGACAUUAAUAAACUGAAGGAUCAAUGGAAAUGUUUGAUCUUAAACGACGUUUCUGUCAUUAUGGUUUUCCUGAUCACCGUUAUAAACAUAACCAUAUCAGGAUUUGGGUUCGACGUUAGUUCAUCACCGGAUACAAAUUUGAAAAAACAAUGAACAGCAAAUAAUCACGUCCGGUCGGCGGUUGGUACCUAACUU